UCUCCCAUGAUACGGCACAAAUGGGGACAGGGGGAGCUGGUCGUCCCGAGGACGCAUAGCUUACUCCUCCCCGUCUCUUUCAAUCGUGCUCGCUCGCUGCGGCCGCCGCUGGAACAUGGGAGUGGAUUCCAUCGACGGUCGUCGAUACUAACGAGGCGACGCCGCCUCCCCCGCAAUAAAGCACCCGCACCUCAGCUCCCACUCAUUCCUCUCCCUUGCACUCGUCGCUAGUAGCAGCUAUUCUUCUCGCUCUCUCCGCUGAUCUCCCGGUCGAGUCAGCCAUGGUUGCUCCCGUCACCGCCGCCGCCGCUAGAUCGGCCAUCCUCGCCUACUCCCCUGCCCGUCGGGUUCAGGGAAUGGAUGCAGUGUCGUUUCGAGUAUCGGCAUCUUUCGUCAGGCAAAGAGCAAGCUCUCCAUCAAUUCGGUUGCAGCGGAUUCCAAAGCGCUUUCAGGUGUCAUGUUCGGCUAAACAAGAAACCAUUGAGAAGGUUUGUGAAAUAGUGAAGAAUCAAUUAGCGGUAGAGGAAGGCACCCCUAUAACAGGAGAGACAAAAUUUGUAGACCUCGGGGCUGAUUCACUUGACACGGUUGAAAUUGUGAUGGGCCUUGAGGAGGCAUUCCAAAUCACGGUGGAUGAAUCUAGCGCUCAAGUGAUCCAGACGGUGGAGGACGCUGCUGCUCUUAUCGACAAGCUUGUGGCAGAGAAGGGUGCUUAAAACGACGCCAUGGUUCUGUGCGAUUAGUUUUGCGGGCACCGAGUUCACCUACUUUGCUCUCUGGAUGGUCAAUGGUUCCUUGCAUCCUCUUAUGCGUGCUGUUUAGUUUUGGGAUCAAAAUAAAGUCUUUUGCGCUAGAGAGGCAGUUGUCCCCCCUGGAAAUUUAUGAAAGACGAGUACUCCGUUUAUGUCACUCAGAAAUGUGCUGCAGUUCAGCACAGAGAAUUCUCAAAUUU